GAAAUUUGUUCAGUUUCUCAUGAGAAAAGCACGAUUCUCCAAGAAGAUGAUGAGACUCCAAUUCAAGAAUAUCAUCAAGAAUCUACUGAUUUUGAUGAAAAUAAUACUAUGCCUAACAUGUGUGGUGAUAUUGCUACUAUGGAUGGGGUAUUUGGUGAAAAAAAUCUAACAUAUUCUGUAAAUAAAAACAAUGGCGACAUAUACUUCUUAGAAAAACAGGGUAGUGAAUCAGAAGAAGCCUCUCAAGGAGGACCAAUUGAAACCAGUGAAGAUGGAAGCCUGAAGCCCCCAGAGAAAGGUUGUGAUCAAGAAAUUUACAGUGUGGGGAAGGAACUGUCUUCUAAUGCAGAAACAGAGAAGAUAGCAAAAGUAACUGAAAACCAAAAUGCAGAUAUUGAAGUUCUUCCCAUCUUGAGAAAAACAUCAAGACACCACAACAGGCUGAUUCAAGAGGAGGAGGAAAUGAGAGAUUUUAAUCCACGUAGACCAAAUUUUCUUCCAUUGAAGCCUGAUCCAGAAGCAGAAAGAGUUGAUCUCAAGCAUCAAAUGAUGGAGGAAAGAAAGAAUCCAGAGGAAUGGAUGAUUGAUUAUGCACUCCAACAAGCAGUGAGCAAGCUUGCUCCUGCACGCAGAAAGAAGGUCGCAUUGCUAGUUGAAGCUUUCGAAACAGUCUCACCAAUUCCCAAAUGUGAACCUCACCUUAGUCGGGGAACGAAACUAUUCCCUCCAAGAAGAUACAUCCAGGCUUGCAAUUAACAAAAAGCAAAUCUCAGACAGAGAAGAAUCUCCAUGUCAUGGUGAGGGGAGCCAAUGAAGAAUGUUCAUUCACAAAUAUGCAACCUUGCUCCCAUCAUAUGGAGGAAAGCACAGUAAUUAUAAAGAAGCAUUCAGAGAUUCUAUGAUGUGUAACAACUGAAAGAAACUAACUGUGUUCUAAUUUCUUACACUGGAUACGAUAAUUACAGAGAGGGAAUAUAUAAAUAAUAUUCCCUCAGUCUAUUGUGUAAUUUCUGCGACUGGAUUGUGUGGUAUCACAUUAAGCUAA